UUGAGAUCUCGCUCCCCUGCUGAUUCCUUGUUUUCUGCGAGCGUAGGCUUGCCACACGCUCGAUUACUUAUCAGUCUCGUUGGAUUUUAGUAUGGCUUCUACUCAGCGUGGUGUAUAAGGUAGUACUAGUAGUCUCUCUGCCUGCCUGCCUGCGGGUGCGUUCUUGGUCGCGCUCAGAGAUGGCUGACAGGGACAUCGUUGGAACUGGUGAUCAGGCUGACUGCAAAACCCUGGAAAUAACUCAGGCCAUGACAGAUAGUCCUGAUGUAGGCCCAUCUGAUCCAGUUGCUAAGGUGUUUUACAGCAAGGAUGGUGUAAUCCUUCAUGUUGAAGGACGUGAUGGAGCGGAAGUACACAUUCCUGGCCGUCUUGAGCUCUUAGUGAUAGGAAACAGUGCCUAUGUGGAGUGGCAGCCGCUGGGCAACUUUGACUACAAGACAGAUGAUGAGUCAGAGUGGGCUGUCAUCACGCCUUCACCUAACCAGCAAGACGCCCAAUCUCCACAUGCGGACUACGCGGUGAAGUUUGCGGUGGCCGAUAUCACUGGCAUGAGGAAGGAUCGGGCUAGAUUAGGCUGGCAGCGAAUCAUAUUCACCUUGCGCGACAAAGGAGAGCUGCCAUCUUUUCACUUUCAGGGAUCAAAUUGCCAUGAGUUCUGGACAAGCUUGCAUCGUUUUGCAAUGAUCCGCCGUUCGGCAGAUGACUCGACGUCGUAUGAUGUGACUGAUGGUGCCUGGAGUGGUAUAGAUCCCCUGAGCAUGGGUACACCCGGUGAUGUGAUAUCACCUGCUUUCGCGAACUACUUCAGCGAGGAGUCGCUGUUGGCAGGCUUCUCGAAGGUGACACAGUUUGUUCGUCAUCUUGGCAGCGAAGUUGGCUUGCGGCCGGACGAAGGAUCUGGAACAACUGCGGGUAGAGGCGCUACUGCAACUCCUGCGGCGUUGAAGACAACGGGACACUCUACUCACAGUGCGUCUCCCACCUCACCCCGGCCGGGCUAUGAUUUCGAGUUAGUGGAAGAAAGCGAGAUAACCAUACUGCCCGCCUGGACUGCAGAGGUGUGCCGUGAAAUGCCCAUCGAUCUAGCCGAGUGGCAGGAGUACCUGGAUGGUGAGGGUCGUGUUGUGAAAGAGACGGAGUUUCGGCGACGACUGUUUAAGGGUGGUCUCGAGCCAAGCCUGCGGCAUCACGUCUGGAAGUUUCUCCUGUCACACUAUGACUUUGACUCGUCGGCGGCGGGCAGAGAGAAGACUGAAGCUACCAGGCAGAGCGACUAUAAUGUCAUGCAUCUCCAGUGGAGCAGCAUGUUGCCAUCUCAGAAGAAGCGUUUUGAUUUGCUGCGUGACCGGGUCCAUUUAAUAAAAAAGGAUGUCCAUCGCACUGAUCGCUCGCAUCCACGAUUCAAGGAUGACAACAGCAUCUACCUAGUCAAAAUGAGUAAUAUUCUCACCACGUAUUGCUUCUAUAACUUCAAUUUAGGAUAUGUGCAAGGUAUGAGUGACCUGUGCUCGCCGAUCGUCGACAUAAUGGAAGAUGAGGUGCAAGCGUUCUGGUGCUUUGCAGGCUUCAUGGACAUGGUGGAAGACAAUUUUGCUGAAGAUCAAGAGCCCAUGCGCCGGCAGUUGGCAACGUUACACGCGAUGCUGAAGGUGGCAGAUAUGCGGCUGAGUGACUAUCUUGCCGCGCAGGAAUCUGACAACCUCUAUUUCUGCUUUCGAUGGCUGCUGGUGCUCUUCAAGAGGGAGCUGAGUUAUGAGGACACGAUGCGGCUAUGGGAGGUCCUUUGGUCGAAGUAUCUGACGCCGCACUUUCAUCUCUUCUGUGCUCUUGCCCUGCUGUUGCAAGGCAAAAAGACGAUUAUUUCCAAGAGAAUGGGAUUCAAUGAAAUCAUUAAGUAUGUGAAUGAAUUGUGUGGUCACAUUGACUUGGAUGUAAUGCUCAUCGAUGCUGAGAUCCUCUGUCAACGUUUCAUGGCUGUUCGUGAUAAGCUGCCAGCAGAAGUAGUCCGAAUCAUCCCACCCGAUGCUCCACCAUUGAAAGCUGGCCAUCAGCAAGGUCUAUCUGACUCCUUAACUUUAAACAGCGUUACGUGCACGGCUGAUGGCAGUGCCUUGCUGUCGGCAUCGCCAGCAGCAAAGGCAACUGCAGCAUCAAGGUCAUCGGCCACUUGAGUCCUGGUCAGUACUGGCUGAGCCAACACCCUGUCGCAUGGUCAUACAUGUUAGCAAGAGUACAUAACUACACUGUGUAGUUAUGUACUCUUGAUGUUAGCUGUAUCAGUCAAUGCACCAGUCCACUGGACAGCAUCUGCCUGCAAGUCUUUCUCAUCUCGGCAUGGCUUACUCCUAUGGAUGCAGUCCGGCAAAUUUGUCUUCGUCUCUAGACAAGCACAGAAGUUGCUUACAGGCACAGAGUUUCACCGGAAUGUGUGUAAAUCCGUUCACAACUUUACAGUCUUUUUUUAUACAUUUUCUGAAUGAAGACAAGAACGCGCUUGAUAAUACUGUCGGUCGUACUGGCGAAAGCACUCCAACCUGUAGAGUUUUGAAACAUUUCCAACCUGUAGAGUGUUGAAACAUUUCCAACCUGUAGAGUGUUGAAACAUUUCCAACCUGUAGAGUGUUGAAACAUUUCCAACCUGUAGAGUUUUGAAACAUUUCCAACCUGUAGAAUUUUUUAUUUCCCACUCUGAGUUUGUGGUUUUUCGUUGUGUGCAUGUGUGUCGCAGCUUCUAGUUGGAAUCCAGGAAUAUGCAUAUGUACGUGUUGUUUUUUUCUUUUCUUUUCAGGCCAGCUGUUAGGUUUCACUCGUUACUACAGUCAUUGUCAUUCCGAGUGAAUGACUGUUUUACAUCGCCAACAUUGUCACAACGAUCAUUUUCUGUGUCCCCAACCGCACGGCCAGUUUAGUUCCUCUUCUCUUAUUUGACCAACAAGUGGGAUGUUGUGAUAGACUCGGUCUACAUGUAUCAUGCUGCACUCUUCAGCGUGUAGGUAUUUGUAGGAUUGUUUGGUUUACUAGACUACAUGUAUCUUGUUCUGCUGUGAAGCCUCUCUCGUGUUUCUCUUUAUUCUGCCUUUUCUGGUACAUUGUCUAGUAUAGCGAUAUGUUGUAAAGGCUACGGGACACGCUUGUAAGCCGCAAUGUAACUUACUUCCAGCAUGUAGCUGCGGCGGUGAUGGCGGGAACCCUA